UUAAUCGGUACAUUCAACUUAAUAAGUGAUAUUAAUUUCCCGGUGAUCAGUAUGUUUACAUUACUAAACGGGCAUACAUAAUACCAGUGUUUUUUCGAGUUGUUUACUCAUAUAUUUCGCCGCAAACAUGUGACAAUCGUGUGUGUUUUAUGAUCUCACAUCUGAGUGAGCACCGUGACUUCUUAGUGCAGUACUGAGUAGUAUCCGUCCCUCUUCUGUGUGUUUGUGUGACGUCACGCCGAUGAACAAAAGCGACGAGCGGCAACCCUUGCUGAGGGCGGACCAGGCAGACGCCGGAAGUUCCGUGGCGACUCGCUACGGACAUGCCUUUCACAAUCAUGAUGAUGUCGUUGUUGGAAACAGCGAAUAUGUGUCCGCUAACGGCUCCCUGGCAACCGAAAGAGUCCAGGAACCGACACCGACCACAGCGGUGUUCAAGCGGCGCUGGUACAUCAUUUUCGUUUUCAGUCUAGGAAACUUCAUACAGGCUAUGGCCUGGAACACGUGGGGCCCUAUCACGGAGUCGGCGGAAGUGACGUUUGACUGGCAGGACAGCAACAUCGGCAUGCUGGCUAACUACGGCAACAUCGCCUUCAUGGUCACCGUGAUACCCAUGUGCUACUUCAUGGAUGUGAAAGGCUUGCGUAUCUCCCUCAUUAUCUGCGGCUUCCUGCUGGCGCUGGGCUGCGGUAUCCGCUGUAUUACCAUGGAGCCCGCCGCUAUGACAUGGCUGUCGAAUGGCGGCGCGCUCCUGAUCGGGUUCGGCGGGUCAGUUCCGUUCGCCGGCCCCGCCAAGCUGUCGGCGGUCUGGUUUCCACCCAAUCAGCGGACGACAGCGACGUCCAUCGCGUCUUUCUCCAACUAUUUAGGCAUCGCCAUGGCCUUCAUCAUAGGUCCAGCGAUGGUUCAGAGUCCUCGGUAUGGCACACACAACGGGACCGUCAUCACCAGCACCUUACAAUCGAGUUUCGAUGUUAUGUUUUACGGAAAGAAUGCCUCGAAUACAUCCAACACAGAUGUGGUCAAUGCAAAUGAGGUCAAUACUGAUAUUCGCCAUUUGAUGUAUCUCCACGCAGCCCUGGCCGGCCUGUUCUUCCUGCUGGUGCUGGUCUACUUCCCGGACAAACCGCCCAUACCCCCCAGCCCCACCGCGGCUAUGGAGCGCACAGAGUGGCUCAAGGGACUGCGCCACCUUGUAACGAACAAAGCGCUAUGGCUGGUGGUCAGUGCAGGCGCCAUCUCCGCAGGGGUCCAAGGAGUCUGGAUCUCUGUGCUCGACGUCAACCUAAAACCGCACGGCAUCUCGCAGCACACUGCUGGCUACAUGGGUUUCUGGCAGACCAUGGCGGGAUGUACUGCCGGUCUUCUUAUCGCCAAAUUUUCUGACCUGUUCAUGCGUCAUAUGAAGAUGUUUUUGAUCGUGCUGUUUAUUGGUGCAAUAUUGGCUGUAGUCUGGUUCACCGCCAUGUGUGAGCAGUACAUCCCUUUUAACAUACCCUGUCUGUACGCAGCCUGCGUACUGAUAGGAGUGUUCAUCAAUGGUGGGAUCCCACUGUUCUACGAGAUCUCGUGCGAGGCCAGCUAUCCUGUUGCUGAGGGGGUCACUGGAGGGCUGAUGACCUUUGUCAACAACCUUGUCGGCAUUGGCUUCCUCUUCAUCAUGCUCAUCAAGAACAUAGGUACAUCGUGGAUGAACUGGGCCCUGCUGGGCUCUACGCUAGUGGCUCUACCUCUGCUCUUCUUGUUUCCCGAACGAUACCGCCGUACAGACCUUGAUAUCACUAUCAAGAUACCACCGCCUGCUGCUAACGUACAGACGUCCGUCACGUUAUCUAAUGGCAAGUAACGGACCUAACGUGAUCUGUCCGAGUCACUGAAAAUAGCAGUACACUGCAACGGCAUUCAAUCUCUCAUAAAGCGGGACUGUUCUUUGUUAACAUCGAAGCUCUCAAAGGAUAUUAAUUGAAGUGCUAUUAAAUCUUGUAUUGUAUUUAUUAUAGUAUAAAUACAAUAAGCGGUGAGUUUUUUUCUGCAAUAUAUUUGUUUUGUUUUGAGGGUCUUAAAGACCAUGCUUGCUUGUUUCCAUAUUGACCAAUAGAUUCUAUGGAACUUUGCAAUAAAUAGUGUAGUCACCAUUGACUAAGAGAUUAUAUGGAACUGAACAUAAAUAUUGUAGUCAUUAUUGACCAAUAGAUUCUAUGGAAAUGUGCAAUAAAUAUUGUAGUCACCAUUGACAAAUAUAUUUUAUGGAACUGUGCAAUAAAUUAAAUAUUGUAGUCACCAUUGACCAAGGCAUUAUAUCGAAAAGUGCAAUAAAUCUUGUAGUCACCAUUGACCAAUGGAUUAUAUUGAUCUUUGCAAUAAAUAUUGUAGUCAAAAUUGACCAAUAGAUACUAGGGAACUGUGCAAUAAAUAUUGUAGUCACCAGUGAACAAUAGAUUCUAUGGAACUGUGCAAUAAAUAUUGUAGUCACCAUUGAAAAAUAGAUUCUAUGGAACUGUGCAAUAAAUAUUGUAGUCACCAUUGAACAAUAGAUUCUUUGGAACUGUGCAAUAAAUAUUGUAGUCACUGUUGACCAAUAGAUUCAUUAAUAUUGUAGUCCAUUUAUAGUGUAACCAUCAGUAGUAAUGGUCUAUCGUGCUCAUUGAUACACAUGUUUGCAUUUUUAUGGUCAUAUAAUAUUUUUCAUAUGUUUCUGUAUUAUAAUUUAAUUGACAUAAAACCUAAAUUGUAAAGCAUUGAUUGUUCGAAGUGUAACUAGUUUAAAAACAAAUAUUUACAACCAGAUUACUCUAUUUUAUUGUUUCGUUAAUAUAUAACAAAUGUUAAAAUUUCUUGUUCAAAUAAAUUAUGUGCUUUAUUGUU